AUGGAUUUAGGAAGACCUAUCGGAGAGACCGUCCCCACUAGAGGAUUUGACCAGGGUGAACACGGUGCUGGUACUGGAUUAUCAGGAGGGUAUGGCGAAGCCAAUGCCUCAAACACCCAAGCCGGUCAAUUGGCCCAGAACGAACAAUCGGGAUUCAACGCUGGUGUAGGUGGCAACCAUGCUUCAGGUGGUAUCCCAUCCGGUACACCCAUAGCUGACAAAUUCGCGUCUGGAUCCAGUAACACCCCUGACGUUUACGGAUCAACCGGCUCACAUGGUCACCACCACGGAUCCACCGGUACCGGUGCCGGUACAGGUGUAGGUGCCAAGCUCGAUAAUGCCCUCGACCAGUACAGCGGAUCAGGUACCGGAUCACAUGGUAGCCAUGGCACUCACGGUACUCACGGUGGUGAUGCUGUUUCAGGAGCAUAUGAAGGUGGUGGUACUAGAGAUGCCUUGACAGGACAAAGCGGUGCCCACACUACUGGAUCCGGCGUUGGAGUAGGUGGCGAGAACCUCUCAGGAGGCCAUCACGGUGCUCGAGAUGCUGCUUUGGCAGGUACAGCUGCUGGAGCAGGUGCUCUUGCAGGAAAAGAAUUCAGUUCAUCUCACCACCAAGGUUCCGGUUCCGGUGCUGAAUCAACUGCUCCACUGGACAGAGGAUCCGGUUUAGCGGGUGUAGGAGGCGGAUUACAACCUGGUGUAGGUGGUGAGACCGGUUCGGGUGUAGGACCAUCAGGUGGUUCGGGCGGUCAUUACACUACUGGUGAUUCUACCAAAUCCGGUGCUCUCGGUGCUGGUGCUCUAGGUGCUGGUGCGGGUGCCGCUGGAGCUUCAGGACUGUCUGGCUCCGGAUCAAGAUCUGAUGCUCAAUCCGGACUUAACUCUACUGGUGGACCGGAAUCAUCAGCUACUCGAGCUGGAGUAGCUUCCAACCCUACUGCUGGAUCUGGCGGUGCUGGUAAAUACGGUAGAGCCGAGGCGCACGACGGUCAAGGUCAACCUAUUUCCAACCCUAAGGACCUCGACACUGGAAAUGCCCACUCGUUGGUAUUCGACAAGGCUACUGGUCAAUACACCCACAGAAGAGAUCUUGAGGGUGCCACCACUCACAAGCAUUGA